AUGGCAGCAAAUUAUAAGAAGUUUCUUGCCGAGAAGGUGUUUGGCGAUGAAGAAUUCGUGACAUACAGAGCUCUCAGUCGAGCCCAGAGAGUGCACAGCAACCAGGCCAAGCGGAUGUUGUACGAGUUUCAUCGUUCCGAAAAUGAAAAGAAGCCGAAAUCUGUGCAUGCAACUUAUCUCCUUACGGGGAUAUGUGGAUAUACCAAGCCUUCGCCGUUGAAGGGAAAUCACUUGAAAGACGGUGAAGAUGAGAUUAUGCAAAGUAGUCCAUUUAUGAGCAGCCAGGCAGCCCAGCCGGAAGCUGUAGAAGCUGUGGACACGCCUACCGUGACGUUCAUAUUGCUGGUUCGAGAGGAAGAGCUAGCAGAUGCAAAAACCCAGUUUCAAAAGAUACUUUCCAUCUUUAUAUAUAGCGUGCAGCCCACAUCACCGCCAGACUUGAAUGUCCUGGCAGACAUCGGGCAGGCAUCCUCUUCUACUCGUGUUGAGGAUCCUCUUCGGUACAGUGAGCAAUAUGGGAUGAUCCAGAAUAAAAAUGUCAAAAGAAGAUCGGGUGUUCUUGUGGUUCCCCCUGCCCCUAUCAAGGAGGAGAAGCCAGCAUUGCAAUCACUAGCUAAGAAGCCCACCCAACAACCACUGGAUAAGAAACCGGCACAGCAAACACUAGAUAAACAAACGGAGCCUUCUACAGCGCCUUUCCGCCAGCUAGGAAGCUCUCAGGCUACGAAGCCCACCAUCAAACGUGAAGCUUCUGAUAUAUUCAAGGCCUUUGCCAAAACAAGGCCAAAAAAAGAGGUGAAGGAGGAAGAAGCUGACACUACACCAAACGAGUCACAGAAUGCCAUGCAAGAUGAUGAAUCUGAGGAAGAGCGAGAAGACCUGUUCUUGGAUACAGGGAAACGAACCAGCAAUAAAGAGCAAGAGUCGAGAAGGGACCGGGAAGAAAUGUUAAGAAAGAUGAUGGACGGUAAUGAUGAACAACCUUCCACGUCUUCAAUCAAAUACCAUGAUGCUGAUAUUUUGCAAGACGAGGAUAUGCCUGACGCACCAGAAUCCCCAUCAGAGGAGCCAACGCCGGCGGAAAGUGAGAAGGCCUCUCCAGUCUCUACCUCGGCUACUUCACAGAAGAAACCGGAGCCAGAACCCGAACCAGAGUCAAGCGUGCCAGAAAAACCGUCCACGGGACAACGGCGCAGAGGUAGACGGCAGGUGACGAAAAAGAAGGUGUCAAAGGAUGCAGAAGGAUACCUGGUCACCAAAGAGGAGCUGGUAUGGGAGUCAUUUUCAGAAGACGAGCCCGAGCCCCCGAAAAGAAAGCUGCCACCGUCGUCGUCUGCAAAGUUUGCAAAGGGUGGUAUCAAGUCUAGUCAGGGUAGCAUCAUGUCGUUCUUCGGCAAGAAAUAG